AUGAGCGUCAAGACAGUCGAGUUCAAGUCCUUCACGGACCAGAAGCCUGGCACCUCCGGCCUCCGCAAGAAGGUCAAGGUCUUCCAGCAGCCCCACUACAGCGAGUCCUUCGUCACCAGCAUCCUCCUCUCCAUCCCAGAGGGCGUCAAGGACUCCUUCCUGGUCAUUGGAGGUGACGGCCGCUACUGGAACCCAGAGGUCUGCCAGCUCAUUGCCAAGAUUGGAGCCGCCUACGGUGUCAAGAAGCUCCUCAUCGGCAAGGAUGGCAUCCUCUCCACGCCCGCCGCCAGCCAUGUCAUCCGCAAGCGCAAGGCCACCGGUGGUAUCCUCCUGACCGCCAGCCACAACCCCGGAGGCCCCAACGAGGACUUUGGCAUCAAGUACAACCUCGCCAACGGCGGUCCCGCUCCCGAGAGCGUCACCAACAAGAUCUACGAGGCCUCCAAGACCUUGACCUCCUACAAGAUCGCCGACAUUCCCGAUGUCGACCUCUCGACCGUCGGCACCCAGACCUACGGCGACCUCGAGGUUGAGAUCAUCGACAGUGUGGCCGACUACAUGGAGAUGCUCAAGGACAUCUUCGAUUUUGACCUCAUCAAGAAGUUCUUCAAGAACCACCCCGACUUCAAGGUCCUCUUUGACGGCCUCCACGGCGUCACUGGCCCCUAUGGCAAGGCAAUCUUCGAGAAGGAGCUCGGCCUGGCCAAUUCGACCCAGAACUGCAUCCCGGCUCCCGACUUCAACGGCGGUCACCCUGAUCCCAACUUGACCUAUGCCCACUCUCUCGUCGAGGUUGUUGACAAGAACUCGAUCCCCUUCGGUGCCGCCUCUGAUGGAGAUGGUGAUCGCAACAUGAUCUAUGGUGCUGGUGCCUUUGUCUCGCCCGGUGACAGCUUGGCCAUCAUUGCUCACCACGCCAACCUUAUUCCAUACUUCAAGAAGCAGGGUGUCUACGGUCUUGCCCGCAGCAUGCCCACCUCUGGCGCAGUCGACCUUGUUGCCAAGGCGCAGGGUCUCAACUGCUAUGAGGUCCCCACUGGCUGGAAGUUCUUUUGCGCCCUGUUCGACGCCGACAAGCUGAGCAUCUGCGGUGAGGAGAGUUUCGGCACUGGCAGCAACCACGUCCGCGAGAAGGACGGUCUGUGGGCCGUCGUCGCCUGGCUGAACAUCAUUGCCGGCCUGGGCGAGGCUCACCCGGACACCACGCCCAGCAUCAAGCAGAUCCAGGAGGACUUCUGGAAGACGUACGGACGCGUGUACUUUACGAGAUACGACUACGAGAACGUCGACUCAGACGGCGCCAACAAGGUCGUGGGCACGCUCAAGGACUUUGUCGCCGACCCCAACUUCAUCGGCAGCAAGAUUGGCGAUCGGACCGUUACCGAUGCCGGCAACUUCUCCUACACCGAUCUGGACGGCUCCGUCUCUUCGAACCAGGGCCUCUACGCCCGCUUCUCGAGCGGCAGCCGCAUUGUCGUCAGACUUUCUGGAACUGGCUCAUCUGGCGCCACCAUUCGCCUCUACAUUGAGCAGUACAGCAAGGACAACACUGGUCUUGAUGCCCAAGACUUCCUCAAGGAGGAGAUCAAGUUUGCCGUGGAUCUGCUCAAGUUCAAGGAGUACGUCGGUCGUGACGAGCCUGAUGUCAAGACGUAA